AUGCCUGUGAUGUCAGGGGAACGGAACUUUGCAAACGGUGACUGCCAUAAAGGUGAGGCGGUCAAGGGGAACAUCAAGGAUGGAGAGGGCGAAUUUUUUUGGGCUGCAACCGGGGCCAGUUACGUGGGGAUGUGGUUAGAGGAUAAACCUCAUGGAAAGGGCACCUACACCAUUCCAGGUGAAGAAGGGUAUACCUACGAGGGGGAUUUUGCGAAGGGAGAACGCUGUGGCUAUGGGGUUUGCACAUUCAUGAACGGUGGGCGAUAUGAAGGGGAGUGGAUAGGAGACAAAAUGCAUGGUAAAGGUAAACUCUUUGGGGCACCAGGUGUUGAUGAUUUUGUGGAGUACACAGGAUUCUUUGUGAAUGGAGAGCGAAGUGGGGCGAGUGGUGAGUGCAGGUAUGUGAAUGGAAACGUUUAUAAGGGAGAUUGGCUUCAUGACAAGCGACAUGGUCAUGGGGAAUUACUUUUGGAUAGGACAUCCAGCACGCCUGGGUAUACGCCACGAAUGGGUGAUCCUCAUAUAGUUGAGUACAAGGGUGAGUUCCGCGAUGAUGCACCCAACGGGGUGGGAGAGUUCCUUUACUCGGAUGGUAGUAGCUAUCGAGGCGAAUGUGCCGGUUUCUCUCGCGACGGUAAAGGUGAGCACCGUACAGUGAAGGGUGACGCAUACAAAGGUUUCUUUCGACUGGAUCGUCGAUGCGGUAAAGGAGUGUUGCACAGUAAAACCGGUGUAUACGAUGGAGAAUGGCAGGAUGACUUACUUGAAGGUCAUCUUUCUUUCAGAGGUGACGCGGCUGUUUUGGUGGGAGUGGGCCUGAUAUUUUACGAGGGCCCAUGUAUCAAGGGUGAAAUGACAGGGAACGACGUGGUUGCGAAAUACUGUGACGGAAGCUCCUACACAGGCGCGAUGGUUGCCGGGAAGCCGAAUGGGGCGGGUAUUUUGGACAAGAAACGAAUGACUAUUCCUGGCAUUGGUGAGGUCAUGCUUCGAUAUGAAGGGGAGUUUACGGCAGGCGUGCUUAAAGGGUCUGGUAGCGGCACUUUUACUCUUGUGACUCCGGAUCCACGACCUGCACCACCGCCACCAAUUUCAGCGGAAGUUCGGGGCUUUAUUCCGCGAAUUGACAUUUCCGGUCAAUACACAGGAAUGUGGAUUAACGGGCUGCCCAACGGAGGCGGAGAAUGGACGUGGGAGAAUAGACAGAGCUAUCGAGGUACUGUGAAGGCCGGUGUACCACAUGGCUUCGGGGUCUUUAAAUCACAGGAGGUUGACUAUGAGGGAUCCUUUCUUCUUGGCUUUCCCGACGGCCACGGCAACAUUUGCUGGAAGGACAUCAACGGAAAUGUAGAGAGGUACGAGGGUACAUGGAAGGAAGGCCACUUGAAUGGGGAAGGCACGUUGACCCUGCCUGGCGGCUCCACAUAUUCCGGUGGGUGGAAAAAUGGAGUCAAGGAGGGACGCGGUGUUGAUUCCGUGGUGAAGAAUUACUCCUACACCGGGGAGUUCAAAAAUGGGAAGCGUAAUGGCCAGGGGAAAAUUCGUGUGGAGCGAGAGGGUUAUACGUAUGAGGGUGAAUUUCUCAUGGAUGAACUCACCGGGGAUGGUAAAAUGAUCUUGGACAACGGCACAGUCAUGGUGGGUAGUUUUUCCAAUGGGAAACCCAAUGGAAGGUUAGAAAUUAGCUUUCCCACGCUUGGUGUUUUUCAGGGUGAGUUAAAAAACGGUAAGGUCGUCGGUACAGGCACCCUGCUGUACCCCAACGGAGAUAAGUAUGAGGGGGAAUUUAUCGACGGUGGGAAAUCACUGCCGCUGCGCCAUGGAAAUGGCGUGUACACCUUCAUUGAGGGGAACGUGCUUGAGUGUACAUGGAAGCAGAAUGUUCUACACGGUGAUGGUGUCUAUAUCACAACAACAGGGGAUCGAUCGACACGAUCCUACGUUGACGGUGUGCUUAGAAAUUUGUCGUCGACGAACGUUGAUGUACUUACUUACAAGAACGAAUUUCCUAAUACUUUAUUGGAGGGGGCGUUGCGGGAACGACAACAACAACAAGAGCACAAACUGCCCAUUGUGUCUAUUUGUCGUUCACUGCCUAAGCGAACCCCCAAUGAAAAGGCUGUUCAGCCCAAUGUUGCACAGGCAAUGGGCCAAGUUACCAGUAGAUCUAGUCUUACGGCGUUGCCGAAACCGAGCAACGCAACUUCCGCGAUAGUUGUGGCACCGUCGCGGCCACCUCCGUUACCCUUCCUGGUGAAUUCUAAUUCUACCUCGUUAGAAACGGGCGUGCAGAAUUGUGAAAGUUCUGCAAGGUCUUUUGUUGCCGUUACAGGAACGCAGAUUAAAGAAGCGAGCGGGUCAUUGAGGGAGUGGGGUAGCCCCAACCGCUGUGGUGGAGGCGGCAACAGUAGCAUAAGCAGCAGCAACGCGGAUGCGUCAAGUAAGCUUCUCGCGCGGUUUCAGGAUGGCAUCGGCGAGCUGCUGCGUCACUCCCGGGACAUGGAAGAGGGGAAGAAGACGCAAAUCAAUAACAGGUUGCUUCUCCUUGAGGGAAACAAGGAGCUGAUGCAGAAGGCCUCUGCUAUUCGUGACUCCCGCGAGGAUGAGAUUCAUCAGCUGACGGAGGAGCUACGACAGCUCAACGAACGCAUUUGGCAGCUAAGUUUUGUGCUGCACUCGCCAGUGAUAGUGGGAAACAAGGGUGCGACGGAAGUGGAGGUGGGCAGACUUGAUCAUUUGAAUUCUCUUAAACUGAGUAGGCGAGGCGUUAUCGAGAAGUUGGGCGAACUCAUGCGCGAAAUUGAGCCGCCAAGGAGUAAAGUAGGGACGGUAAAACACUGA